UAUAUGGUGCAAUGUCAAUGCAUUUUUGAAAUGCUUAAAUUCGGAAAAAAUAUUACUAUUAACAACUUAAAAGAUGAUCAAGAUGAGGAUGAUCAGGAUGAUACUGCAAACAAGAAUAAUUUAGAGGAAGAGGAUAAAAGAGAAAAUUUAGAAUUAGAAUUGCAAAAUAAAAUUGUUAAAAUAAAUAAUUGA